AUUUUAAAGCAGGGGACGGCAUGAAAGCUGUCAGUUUGACACUGGACGGGACGCAAAGAGGAGGUGUUGUCUCGUUAGAUUUUUAUUUUCUUCCAUUUCCCCCCCCGGACCCAUAUUGCUGUCAUCUCCAUAAUUAUUUUUAAUAACACGCCAGUUACCUCACCUCGAUUAAAAUGUAUAGGUAUCUGGGGGAACUGCUUACUCGCGGAGCCAACAGCGCUCUGGCCUCGGGAUGCGUCGACUCCUUUUUACCGGCUUCCGCGUCCUUGAUGCGGGUUCGCCACUACAGCGAAGCCGUAGGGGAAAAGGAAGACGACCCCAACUUCUUCAAAAUGGUCGAGGGCUUCUUUGAUAAAGGUGCCGCCAUCGUAGAAAAUAAACUGGUGGAAGACCUCAAGACCAGAGAAACGCCGGAACAGAAGAGGCAUCGGGUCCGGGGAAUUCUCAAGAUUAUCAAGCCAUGCAACCAUGUACUGAGCGUAUCUUUCCCUAUCAAGCGAGACAACGGCGAAUGGGAAGUGGUCGAGGGCUACCGCGCCCAGCACAGUCAACACAGAACGCCCUGCAAAGGAGGUAUCCGGUACAGCACAGAAGUGUCUGUGGAUGAGGUCAAAGCCUUGGCCUCUCUGAUGACCUAUAAGUGCGCUGUAGUGGACGUGCCGUUCGGUGGAGCCAAAGCUGGAGUGAAAAUCAACCCCAGGAAUUACUCGGACAAUGAGCUGGAGAAGAUUACUAGAAGGUUCACCAUCGAGCUGGCUAAGAAAGGCUUCAUCGGACCUGGCAUCGAUGUCCCUGCCCCUGAUAUGAGCACAGGGGAGAGAGAGAUGUCCUGGAUUGCCGACACCUACGCCAACACUAUUGCCCACAGCGAUAUCAACGCCCAUGCCUGUGUCACGGGUAAGCCCAUCAGUCAGGGAGGAAUCCACGGCAGGAUCUCCGCCACCGGUCGUGGAGUUUUCCACGGCAUCGAGAACUUCAUCAACGAAGCGUCUUACAUGAGCCUGCUGGGUCUGACCCCUGGGUUUGCAGACAAGACCUUCAUCAUUCAGGGUUUCGGUAAUGUGGGCCUGCACUCCAUGCGUUACCUGCACCGCUACGGUGCCAAGUGCGUGGGCAUCGGAGAGGUGGACGGAAACAUCUGGAACCCCAACGGUAUUGACCCCAAAGAGUUGGAGGACUACAAACUGCAACACGGCACGAUCGUCGGCUUCCCCAACGCCACGCCGUACGAGGGCAACAUCCUGGAGGCCGACUGCAAUAUUCUGAUACCGGCGGCCAGCGAGAAGCAGCUGACCAGGAAGAACGCACACAACAUCAAGGCCAAGAUUAUUGCUGAAGGCGCUAACGGACCCACCACACCUGAUGCUGACAAGAUCUUCCUGGAGAAUAACGUCAUGGUUAUCCCGGACAUGUACCUGAACGCCGGUGGCGUGACCGUGUCUUACUUCGAGUGGCUGAAGAACCUGAACCACGUCAGCUACGGCCGGCUGACCUUCAAGUACGAGAGGGAUUCCAACUACCACCUGCUGAUGUCCGUACAGGAGAGUCUGGAGAGGAAGUUUGGGAAACAGGGCGGGCCCAUUCCAGUUGUCCCCACUGCUGACUUCCAGGCCAGAGUUGCCGGAGCCUCAGAGAAGGACAUUGUGCACUCUGGCCUUGCCUACACCAUGGAGAGAUCUGCUAGGCAAAUCAUGCGCACGGCUCAGAAGUACAACCUGGGAUUGGACCUGAGGACGGCAGCGUACGUCAACGCCAUUGAGAAGGUCUUCAAGGUGUACAACGAGGCCGGCCUCACCUUCACCUAAACGAGCUGCCCCCUUUCCCGACCGCGUCUUCCCGACCCCUCCCCACCCGAAAUAAAAACCCACCUCCCUCCGUCCAAGCUCCCAGCAGCCCAAUCCUGCCUGACAUAUCAAGCGUUUACAUGUGAAAGCACGCGCUGUCUGUACCUCGUCAUAAAGAGUAGCCCGUCAGAGACCACCCACCGCACCCAUCCCCCUCCCCCUGUUUGUUUGUGUACCAGUGUGUGACAAUCCGUCCUCCCGCGCCUGACACUGCAGGGCUGCGGCCUCCAUCUUAAAAUCGGCAGCAUUUCCGAGCUCGUCCAGCGCCUCCCCGCGGUGCCCGAUCGUCGUCGGACCUGCCCCCCCCCCCCCCCCCCCGUGGUCUGCAUGGCUUUGCCGGCUCCACCCUAGCAGCUCCGCCUUCCCCUGUCCGAGUGGCUCCAGCCAGUCUUAGCGCACGCCAGCCACGGCUUCUGAACAUCGUCGUCCUCGUUUUAUGGUUAUCGCCGUUUUUGUUUCCUUCGUCUUCUUUACGUCCGGCAAAAAUCUUCACAACCAAAAGAGAUUUUCAAACAAAAUGGCACCCAAUGAACACCGACUCCAAAAUGGCGGCCGCCCCGUUCUCCAUUUUCGGUGCGUUUUGUCAGCCUGUGGGAGAGGCCAUGAAUCUUGAAGGACAGUGCUAAAGAUGCCUUAGUCAUGGAGGUUGAGGGUUCUGUUUUUGUUUAUCUGAAAUAUUUUCACUUACUUUGGUAGCUUCCUCUUGAAAAACAUUUUUAUUUACCCUUGACGCACAUCACCUAUUGGCUCCAAGUAAAUUUCCAGUGAGGGCGAAUUGAUUAUGUCAUUAAGCUUUACAGGCAGCUAUGAACAGCCAAGCCUUCUUCGUUGCUAAGUUUCAUCUAGAUGUUACGGGGAAAGGUAUAUUGAGCUGAGAUGCAUUUGGGAACAACAGUUCUAGAUCUUUUAUUUGGCUAUGUGAGCCUUGAUUUGGAAGCUGCUUUGGGGAAAUUUGUAUUGCCUUUUUUGUUGACUACAAUUAAAACUACAAUGAGAA